CAGAAACAAGCUUUUUUCCCCCUCUUUGCUUAGUAUCACUGUUUCUCUCCGAUUUUUCAUGCAUUCGCUAUCAUCGGUCUUAUCUUAUUUGCUGACAGGAUUUGGCCGCCUCUUUUAUCUAGUGUCGCCUUGGGCUAGCACUUUCGAUCACUAUGAAGACGUACCGGACUAUAUUGCUGAAUCCAUUCCUUUUUUCACCAUGACAAUAGUUCUCGAAUUCUUGACGCUAUUGUUUAGCAAUAAAGGCAAAGGGUUGUUGAAGCAACAAACAUGGGGUUCGCACCGAUAUGCACUCAAUGAUAUGGUCGGCAGCAUUGGGUCUGGCAUGUUGCAAACCUUAUCUCGCUAUUUCUUGUAUAAUUUAACGCUGAACUCUUACCUAUACGUAUACCAAAAUUUCCGUGUCGUCACACUCGACCCAAAUCAUCUCGGUCUCUGGAUUGCAGGCUUCUUCAUCAUUGACCUCGGUUACUAUUGGUUCCACAGAGCAGCACAUGAAAUCAAUUUAUUCUGGGCAACACAUGUGGUUCACCAUUCUUCAGAAUACUACAAUCAAACAACCGCCCUGCGUCAAAGCAUAUUCCAACCUUACUGCUCAUGGUUGUUUGAUUUGCCAGCAGCAUUGUUCUUGCCUCCUUCACUCUUUGUCGCACACAAGCAAUUUAACACUCUUUUCCAAUAUUGGAUUCAUACAGAAGUGGUUGGUAAUUUAGGUCCGCUCGAGUAUAUCAUUAACACCCCCUCGGCCCAUCGUGUUCACCAUGGUCGCAACCCUUAUUGCAUCGAUAAGAACUAUGCAGGCACUCUGAUUAUUUGGGACAUCUUGUUCGGCACAUUUGAAUUGGAACGCGUGGAGCCCCAUGUGAAGGAAUCCAAAGACGUAGCGCCUGUGGCUUACGGUCUCACACACCCUAUCGAUACUUUUGAUCCUUUUACUGUCCAAUUUCAUCACUUAUCGCAUGUUCUCCGCACGUGUUACACGACGUCCGGUUGGUCCAAUAAGCUGAAAGUUUUGUUUUAUGGACCGGGAUGGCACCAAGGCACACCUCGCACCGGUCUCUUGGAAGAAAUCCCGCCCAUCGCUACCGAUCAACCUCCGGCAAAAUACGACCCUCCUGUGUCACUUGCUAUCAAUGCCUACGUUUUGGUCCAUUUUGUCGGUCUUAUUAUGGCCAGUGGAAUCUUUUUUAAUCUGAAGCCGAGCACGGUCCCUGCUUUGUCGCUUUACUUGGUCACGAUUUACAUUUUCGGCACCUUGACGAGCUUUGGAUGGCUGUUUGAUCACAAACCGUGGGCUGUUCAAACGGAGUGUGGCCGAUGUCUCAUUUUAUGUCUUCUCCUCAAGGUGGCCGAACACCACGGUAUCAUGGGAUCCGCAUGGACAACACCACUUCAAGCCAUGCACCUCGUUAGUGGUCUGUGCAUCCUUGCAGCUCGUCACACUCCCAAAACACAUGCCAAGUCCGAGUAGCUAAAGACCGUUCGAUGUUUUACCAAGCAUACAUACCUGCUGUGAUAUCAUAAUAUAUCUAUUGAAAUCAAAACUUUUGUUUCCAUACAUUUCUUCCGCACUAUUUUUUAUACUGCGGAAAAUAUACAUAGGACGAAUCCGUGAUGGGCUCCUUUUAGAACAGCUUUUAUUUUGCAUGCGAAAUAUGUCGCCUUAGUCCUUUUUAUAUCUUAGCGUUGGUCAGUGAAACAUAAAAGUAUACUAUGUAUUCCUUGCACAUAGGGGCGCGGCCUGUAAAAAUCAAGAAAAAUUCAUUUUCUGGCGUUAGUCCUGAACGAUCUGUUUUCUUUGUUCUGCAAAACCGGCAGGGCGAUCAAAAAGCCAUCAAGGGGAGCGCUGUUUAAAGAUUUUGACUCUCUUCCUUCUGCAGCCA